ACGGGGGAGGAGGCGGCACUGCGGCAGGGCGCAGGCCGGGGCGGGCAUCGGCAGGGGGUGCGGCCGGGGUAGGCGGUGACGGGACAGGGCGCGCCAGGCGGGCGAGCGACGCAGGGAGGUGCCGGGAGGGUGCGCGGUCAGGCGCACCGGGCGGCGGCAGCCGUGGGGGCCGGGCAGAGGGGGCGGCGCGGGGUUGGCCGGCGCCGGGGAAGGAAGGCGCCAGGUCGAGCUCCGCUGCUGUCUCAUCCGGUUGCUGCAUCUUUCCCGUUGAUGUAUAUAAAUAUAAAAAACAUUCUCAGCUCCUCUCCUUCCGCUCCACGACCACAAGCACGGCGCCGCGCUAAGGAUGCUGCGCCUGCGACUUCCGUGCGCGGGUGGCCCCGCACCGGCCGCCGGCCGGUGGAGACCCCCGGGGCAGGCGCGGGGCCCGGCGCGGACGGCUCCACGGCUCGGCCGAGGGCACGCCGCCGCUUCCUCCGCCGACGGCAGCGGCGCUCCGAGCUCUCCGCCCCUCCACUACGAUCCUUUGGCCGACCUCCUUGGACCAGACGUCGACCCAAUCUCAUCCGAGAAUACUGCUCCAGUUGCAGAGAAGGGGAAGCUGAGGUCCUGGGUUGGUCCAAAUGGGCAAUACUAUCGUGAGCUGCCUUGCCUGAGCUGUCGAGGUAGAGGGUACACUCCUUGCAAAGAAUGCGGGAUAGAUAGAUCCAGUUUGGACUGCCCUAUGUGCAAUGGCAAGGGCAUUAGGAUGUGUGUGCAAUGUGCUGGAGAGUGUGUUAUAUGGCAAGAAUCUAUUGAUGAGCAACCAUGGGAGAAAGUUCGUUCUAGUUCUCCCUUGAAAGUAAAAGAGGAUGAUGAAGUCGACAAGCUGGAGAUAAAGAUCAACACACCAAAAAGGUCAAAGCGCACUUACGCAUCUCCAUCCCGCGAAGUUGCAAUGAAGAUUAGCCGAUCUUUGAGAAGUUUGAAUGCUACAACAGGACUGUUCACUAAGCAUAUGAAGAUUAUACACCAAGACCCCAAAUUGCAUGCGCAAAGGGUCGCUGCAAUCAAGAAAACCAAAGGAACUGCUGCUGCAAGAAAGCAUGCAUCUGAAACUCAAAAGGCAUUCUUCAGUAAUCCUGAGAAUCGUCUUAAGAGAAGCAUUGCCAUGAAAGGGGUGAAGUUUUUCUGCAGCAAAUGUGGGCAAGAAGGUCAUAGAAGCUUCUACUGCCCAACAGUGAGACAAAAUUCAGGCAGAGUGAAUUUCAGAUGCCGGUUAUGUGGGGGAAAGGGUCAUAAUAGCCGAACAUGUGGAAAGCCAAAGUCAGAGAAUGAGCAUCAACGACAACCUCGGCACUGCAGCCAAUGUGGUGAAAGGGGACACAACCGCCGUAACUGUCCCAGAUCCACCACUAUUGACGUUGGUGCUUCUGGCUAUAUAGUUAAACAAGUUAAUGAUCGUAAUUCGGUUAUGUAUUCAUGUAGUUUGUGCUCAGCAAAGGGGCAUAAUAGGCGGACAUGCCCGAAAAGAAAGGCUAACAUAGGACAAAAGAAAGAGUAAGGUAUAAUACACGUUUAGGUGUUUGCUGAGAAGUUCGUGAUGGUUACUUUCAUUUCCUUAUAUAAUACACGUUGGUGCACGAAACCAAGUUGGUUUCUGUUGCAUUUGUGUAUUUUCCCCACUACCUUUGCAUUGUAUAGUUGCAUAGUUGCAUUA